AUGGCAUCAGUCAACUCAAUAUCCUCCGAGAAAGAUCAUGAUGAGGAUCGUGACAUCAUGCAUGAGGAUGUGAUCGAGGAGGACGAGGAGCAAGAUCUCAGCUCGGAAUUGGAUCCGUCGCAGCGGGAAUACCUCGAGCAUCACCAACGGCUCGAUAAGUUCCUGGCGCCCCUGUGUCUGGAUGAGGGGGUGCUCUAUCGUUUGGCGCGUCGCUUCUCCGUCACCUACCGCCAUUUGGCCUUGACCUCGGAUGAGCAAUUUUUGCCGACCCCCGUGACCCAGCUGCCGACGGGCCAAGAGACAGGUCGUUAUUUGGCCAUCGACGUGGGUGGGAGUAAUCUCCGGGUUGCAUUCAUCGAGCUAUUGGGUGAGGUGGAGGACUCCGAUAUCCCCGCCGAUGCCUCCGCCAGAUCACGGGAUACUAUCCGCAAGGCUCAGCGACAGCGGGUCAAGCGCACUUUAGAACGAGCAUGGCCGAUUCAAGAGCAUCUCAAGAUGGACAAGGCAGAGGAUUUGUUUUCUUGGAUUGGUGACUGCAUCGCCGAAGUCGUGGCGGAGAGCCUCACAUCAGAUGCCACGAAAAAGGAUAUCCCCUCGGAAUUGGAUAUGGGGAUCACAUUCAGUUUCCCGAUUUUGCAAGAAUCGCUGGCCGAGGCUACUCUGAUGCCCAUGGGCAAGGGAUUUGCUAUUACUUCAAAUCUCAAUCUCCGUAAGAUCCUUCUGAAUGGAUACGAAAAGCACACUCGAAGACCAGAUGACGGGGAUGAGCCUUCCUCCAAGCGCCGAAAGCUGUUUGCACUACCGAAACUGAAGAUUCAAGCCAUUACGAACGAUACCGUUGCAACGCUGGCUUCACUCGCAUAUAAGGUCAAAUCCCUACCAAACAGUCGCGUCGCCAUGGGUAUUAUUGUGGGAACUGGCUGUAAUGCGACCAUUCCGAUGAAGUUGAGUGAACUCCAUGAGUCAAAGGCCAAGAGCGUCAACACGAUGGAACCGAAAGCAGUGGAGACGAUUGUGAACACUGAAUGGACCAUUUCAGGAGCCGCGCCGCCAUUACGAGAGCUUAAUAUCACUACUAAAUGGGAUGUGGAGCUGGACAGGGCAUGUGCGCGACCUGGAUUCCAACCGUUUGAAUACAUGACGGGAGGUCGUUAUAUUGGUGAAUUGAUCCGAUUGAUCUUGUUCGACUAUCUCACGGAAGUGGCCGGUCUCUCAAGACGCAUCCUUCCCGCAAAUCUCGUUCAAGAAUAUGCUUUGACGACUACUUACAUCUCCGACAAUGUGGCCAAGGCGCGAUCUGACCAAGAUCUGGCAAAGGAACUGAAUCAAUCCCUUCCACCUCCCGAAAGCAGCGACUGGCGCUGGGACGUCCGAACAGCUGGGACGUUCCGGAGAAUUGCACGGACUGUACAACGACGAUCGGCUGGCCUGAUUGCCGCAGCGGUAAUUGGGCUGCUGGCUUGCUGCCGCGAAAUCGAAUUGAAAGAGGACAGCAAUACGAACACACCUGACAAUGCUGCAUCGCCACAAAGUAACGGUGACAUUCCCAUUUCCGAUAGUCCAGCCGCGCCUCCUACCACCGCCCUCCCAAGCCUCCAAUCAACUGCCAUCAACAACAACAUCCAUGGCCACGUUGUUCCAGUCCUCCAACCUACCCCUGCUGACUGGCAAUCUGGCCCCGAGGAACUCGUGGUGGCUUACACCGGUGGUAUAAUCCAACACUACCCCCAAUUCAAGGAUAUGUGCCAACAACAUAUUGAUCGUCUUAUCAUGCGCACUGGUCCACAAAGGGGAGGGAAAUCGGUAUUUUUGCGAGAAGCCUCCGAUGGUGGUGUGAUCGGCGCCGGCGUGCUCGCUGGUAUGGUUGUCAGGAGGUAA